AUGGGUCUACUAGUCCUCUACUCUGCAUAUCUUUUCUCCUUUGUUCUCUUAAUCUUUAUAGUACAAAAGAUAAGAAAGAAGAAAAACUACUCGACUUAUAACUUAGCACGAGGACCUAGAAAGCUACCGAUUAUAGGAAAUAUACACAAUCUGUUAAGCUCUCAACCUCAUCGAAAAUUAAGAGAUUUGGCCAAAAAAUAUGGACCUGUGAUGCAUCUUCAACUUGGAGAGGUUUCUACUAUUGUUAUUUCAUCGCCUGAAUGUGCUAAAGAUGUAAUGAAAACCCAUGAUAUUAACUUUGCAUCAAGGCCUCAUCUCCUAGCUUCAGAAAUAAUGUCUUACAAUUCCACGAAUAUAGCUUUUGCUCCUUAUGGUAGUUAUUGGAGACAGUUACGAAAAUUAUGCACGUCGGAGCUUUUAAGCCCGAAACAGGUGAACUCGUUGCAACCGAUUAGAGAAGAGGUGCUUUCCAAUCUUGUCAAAUGGAUUGCUUCGCAGAAUGGAUCGUCGAUCAACCUCACUGAAGCUGUAAUUUCUUCAAUAUAUACUCUUGUUUCGAGGUCUGCGUUUGGCGAUAAAUGCAAAGACCAGGAGAAGUUUAUAUCAGUGGUGAAAGAAUCAAUAAAGGUUUCGGCGGGUUUUGACUUGGGAGAUUUGUUUCCUUCUGCUAAAUGGAUACAACGUGUUACUGGUUUGAGGCCUAAGCUUGAGAGGUUUCAGCGACAAACUGAUCAGAUAUUUGAAAACAUUAUCAAUGACCAUAAAGGGGAAAGUUACGCAAAAGCCAAAGAUGAUCAAGGUCAUGCGGAAGAAGAAGAUCUGGUAGACGUUCUCUUAAAAUAUGAGGAUGGUAGCAACAAGGAUUUUUCCUUAACAAAAGACAAUAUCAAAGCCAUAAUCUUGGACGUUUUUGGGGCUGGAAGUGAGACAUCGACAAGCACGAUAGAUUGGGCAAUGGUAGAAAUGGUAAGGGAGCCAAGAAUAAUGAAGAAAGCACAAGAGGAGGUAAGAGAGGUUUUCAAAAUGAAAGGAAAGGUUGACGAAAAUCGCAUCAAUGAACUCAAUUAUUUGAAAUCAAUUGUCAAAGAAACACUAAGGCUACACCCUCCAGCACCUCUUCUGCUACCAAGAGAAUGUGGUCAAGCAUGUGAGAUAAACGGCUUUCACAUACCGACUAAGACUAAGGUGAUAGUCAAUGCUUGGGCAAUUGCAAGAGAUCCAAACUACUGGACUGAGCCAGAGAGGUUUUAUCCAGAGAGAUUCAUUGACAGCACCAUUGACUAUAAAGGGAGUAAUUUUGAGUACAUUCCUUUUGGUGCUGGAAGAAGAAUAUGCCCAGGGAUCACAUUUGGUUUGAGAAAUGUUGAGGUAGCCCUUGCAAUGUUGUUGUAUCAUUUUGACUGGAAGCUACCCAGUGGAACCAAAAGUGAAGAAUUGGACAUGACUGAGCAAUUUGGAGUGACUGUCAGAAGAAAAGAUGAUCUUUUAUUGUUACCUUUUGUUUAUCAUCCUUUGAAUGUCACAUGA